ACAGCUGUUUAUGAUUGGCAGCAGGCAGGCAGCGUACACAAACACAAAAACUAACCUAUAUUUUUUAAUUUCUAUCAAUUUAUUUGAAAUUUAUGAAACGUCAUUUUAAUUUAUUCCAACAUUUCAAUGUAAUUACUAUUUUAAUCAGUUUUUACUACUAGGGUAGCAUCAUUCAAUAUACAGAGUUUGGGAAAAACAUUUCAUUAUGGCAGUUUGUAUAGCAGUUAUCGGCAAAGAGAAUUCCCCUAAAUUCAUUAGAUGUUUGGACAAGAAUGAAGAGAUCAACUUUCAUUUCAAAGUCCAUACAUCUCUGGAUAUUAUUGAAGAAAAGUUAGCUGCACCAGCUGGGAAAAAUUUGAAUGACCAAAAAGAGCUGUACCUGGGUCUCCUCUUUUCUACUGAAAAUCACAAAAUAUUUGGAUACGUGACGAACACACGGGUGAAGCUGAUAGUUGUUGUGGAGUCGACCAAUACUUCCCUCAGGGAUAAUGAAGUCAGAACGAUGUUCCGAAAACUGCACCUGGCCUACACUGACACGAUUUGCAAUCCAUUCUAUGUUCCUGGAGAAAUGGUUGCUUCAAAGAAAUUUGAAGCAGUCGUUGACUCAAUCAUGAGUGGACAGUGAGUUUCUUGAGUCUGAACUUUUCAAUGUAUGUGAAUAAAUUCUCUCAUUGAUAUGUUGGGGAAAACCUCUAGAUUUAUAAUUAUAAUAUCAAACAUUGACUUGAGAGAACCACAACUAUUUGUAAUAACCACGUGUGUUCGUUUCUUGUAUAUUCUUCUUUCUUGCUCUCUUAUCUUCUCCUCUUCUCGAAUUCAAGCUUUCCUUUAUUCUCAUUUCUUAUUAAAUUCAAGUUCAACAACCCUCAACUCUUUUAUCUCUAUUUUCUUCAAAAUGUAAUAGUGUUUUCAUUCUUAAUAACUCAUUUUUGCACAUUGCCUUAAUAUUUUAGUUUUACUCACUAUGUUUCUCAAUAAUUCAAUUCAAUGUCCUACUUUUUGUUACUAUUUCAAUCAAUAUUUAUAUAAAGAUUUUCGAUCCUAUUACUUCGAUACUUUGCUAUUGUAAUUACUGUAAUGGAGAUAAUAUUGAAAGAAAAUAAAUUGUUAUAUUAUUACCAGUUGAGGGUAUAAACUUGUUUGAAUAUUUUUGUAUUUCCAUGAAUAACAACUCUGUAGCCCACUUUAAUUUACUGUUCUCAAUAAUCAAUGUUAUUUUUCAUAUGUAUAGUUUUGAAAUUUAAAUAUCAUUCCGUUUUGUGAUAUAUCAGUAAUGCAGUAGAGAAUAAAAUGUAUAUAUUAGCAGAUUAUUAUAAUUCUGAAGCUAAAAAACGAUAAAGUUAUGUUAAUUCUCUCUUUAUGGAAUAGUGCUCCAGUCGUUAUAGUUGAAAAUUAUUGUUCAGUGAUUUAAUAAAUUGGAAUAAACAUUUAUGAAAUAUCUA